AUGAUAAUAGAUUAUCGUCUUCCCACGUCCUCACAUCCUCCUGUGAACAUGAACUAUAUCUGGCCGUCCGCCGUUCCUGCCGCGACGGAUGUCGGAACUUCCAUGGCCGACGCCUUCAUGGCGUCGUCCGCUUCCGAUCUGGCCUCCCUCUGGCCCUCCUCCUCCGCCGCCGGAGACCACCACCAGACGCAGCCGACAUUUCUCAGCCAGGAAACCCUCCAGCGGCGCCUCCUCGCGUUGAUCGAGGGCGCCCGCGAGACCUGGACCUACGCCAUCUUUUGGCAGUCCUCGGUCGCUGACUACGGCGGGCCCGCGCUGUUGGGAUGGGGCGACGGCUACUACAAGGGCGAGGAGAAUAGAUCCGUCCGUAGAAGGGUGUCGUCCCCCUCCGAGCAGGAGCACAGGAAGCAGGUGCUCCGGGAGUUGAAUUCCCUGGUCUCCGGCUCUCAGCCCGCCGCCGGAUCUGAUGACUCCGUCGACGAGGAGGUCACAGACACCGAGUGGUUCUUCCUCAUAUCCAUGACGCAGUCGUUCGUGAGCGGGUCGGGUCUUCCAGGCCAGGCCCUCUGCUCCUCCUCCCCUGUUUGGAUCGCCGGGGCGGAGAGGCUCGCUGCCUCCCACUGCGAGCGGGCCCGCCAGGCACAGGGUUACGGGCUUCAGACCAUCGUCUGCUUACCUUCCCCCAACGGCGUCGUCGAGCUUGGCUCCACCGAUUUGAUUCUCCAGAGUGCGGAUCUGAUGAACAAAGUCAGAGUCCUGUUCAAUUUCAACGGGCCGCUAAUGGGUUCAAGCCCUGAUUCGGGCUCGUUACCCUUGGCCCAAAGUGACCCCACCGCCCUCUGGCUGACGGAGCCCUCUUCCUCUGGCAUCCACAAGGACUCCUUGACCAACAACAAUACUAAUUCAGUUCCUACUACCAAUUUCACUACCAGCUUAUUCGAAAUGUCGCACGAAUUCCCGACUAAGGAAUUGAACUUCUCCGAGUUCGAGCCGCCCUAUAUAGGAUGCAGCAGCAGCAACCGUAGCAGCAUGAAAAACGACAACUGCAAAACCGAGAUAUUGGAUUUUGGGCAAAACACCGACAAGGACCCGUUCGAGCAACAAGACGACACCCGCAGCCGAAACAAGAAAACCCGCUCCCCCACAAGCAAUGACGAAGGCAUGCUCUCGUUCGCCUCGUCUGCCGUGAUCAACAACAUCCCGAGCCUAAAGACAGCAGCCACCACCGAGUCUGAGCACUCGGACCUCGAGGUCAAGGAGGCCGCCGACAGCACCAGCCGAGCCGACAAACAUCAGGUUGAACAGCAGCCUCACCGGCCUAGAAAGCGGGGCCGGAAGCCCGCCAACGGUCGAGAGGAGCCUCUGAACCACGUGGAGGCCGAGCGGCAGAGGAGGGAGAAACUGAACCAGAAAUUCUACGCCCUCCGUGCCGUUGUCCCCAACGUGUCCAAGAUGGACAAGGCUUCCCUCCUUGGAGACGCCAUAGCCUACAUCGAGGAGCUGCGGUCCCAGGUGCGGAUGGCCGAGUCGGAAAGGGACGAGCUGAGGUGCCGGCUCGAGUCGCUCGCCGGGAAGGAGGCUCCACAUGGGGCAGGUGGGGGUGGCGGUGGGGCCCACGCGGAUGUGGACGUGAGGAUCAUUGGUCGGGAUGCGAUGGUUCGGGUGCAGUGUGGGAAGAGGAACCACCCGGCUGCGAGGCUGAUGGCGGCGCUGAGGGAGCUGGAGCUCGACGUGCACCACGCGAGUGUCUCAGUUGUCAACGAGCUGAUGAUCCAGCAGGCGACUGUGAAGAUGGAAGGGAGGCUGUACACUCAGGAUCGGCUAAGGGCGGCUUUGGUGUCGAAAAUAGCCGAGGCGUAA